AUGGUAUCAAAUAGCAGCAAACCAGAUCUGAAAUUGAGUCCUCGUGUUAAGGAGCUCUUGGACUUGGAAUCCCGGUUCACGGUUGGCGGGUUUGAUCCUAUGCCUUAUUUUUUCGAGAAAGGUCAAGGAUCUCUGCUAUGGGACGUCGAUGGGAAAGAAUACAUUGAUUUCAUUAGCAUGUUUAGUGCUGUUAAUACUGGACACUGUCAUCCCCACAUCCAGGAGGCUCUUGCAGAGCAGUCAAAGAAAGAUGCUGCCAAAGUGACACUGAUAAAUCUAUCAUCUCAUAAUUCCAUGUUUGGUCCUUUCGCUCAAAGAAUUUGUGAUCGAUUUGAAUACGACAAAGUCAUCGCCAUGACGUCCGGAACAGAAGCAGCGGACACAGCUUGCAAGAUAGCUAGAAGCUGGGGUAUCAAUAAAAAGAAAAUCCCGGCAAACGAUUGUAUCAUUCUUGGAGUCGGGGGCUCCUAUCAUGGGCUCUCCUCGGGGGUCUGGAGCUUGAUGAAUUCAAAUCCAUUGAGGUCAACAAAAUAUGGACUUGAUAGCAAGGUUCAGAUGAAUAUCAAUCCCAGUACGGGGGAGCUUCUAGAAUACCUUGACCUAGAGAAAAUGAGAUCUUGCCUCCAGGAGCAUAAAGAUAGGGUGGCAGCGGUCAUCAUGGAAUGUAUUCACGGAUAUAGCCGAGACAUGAAUGAUGAGGUUCACUACGCCCGAGGUGUUUAUGAGCUUUGCAAGUCUAUGAAUAUCCUCUUCAUCGCUGAUGAAGUGCGGCAAGGAGCGGGAAAAACUGGGAAGUUUUUCAGCUUUCAACAGCUCGGUGAUGAUGUGAAACCUGACAUCGUGACGAUGGGAAAAUCAAUCACUGGGGGCUUUUAUCCUCAGUCCUUUAUAAUGGGUAUGAAUACAGCCAUGGCAGCCGUUGGACCAUACGAGAUGGCUAGCACCUACGGCUUCAGUCCAUUGGCUAUUGCAGCCGCAAACGCAACCAUUGAAAUUAUUGAUCGAGAAAAUUUAAUUGAGCGCGGUGUUCAUUUAGGAUAUUUGUGGAGAAAAACUGUCGAAUCCUGGCAACAUCCACUUGUGGACUAUGUUGCACAGAUUGGCGCUGACUCCAACUUGAUUCUUCGAGGAGUGCAGCCGUCGCGUGUAGCAGCCCUGUGCAUGCAUCGAGGUCUAUUCGUAUAUCCUAAAGCGGACGGAAUUCGGCUCAGUUUCGCCAUGAACAUGCCUGACGAGUUGCUUUUGAAAGGGGCAGCUAUCCUGAAAAGCUGUUUGGAUGAUAUAGACAAAUAUGGAUCAAUUGAGGGGGAAAUGACCCGGUAUAGGACAGUAUAG